GAAUGAACACAAACGAAUCGUACGAACGCAAAGAUCCUACACCAUGGAAGGAAAGGUCUUCUUCAUCUUGGGCUUCUUAGCCGUCGUGUCCUGGGCCGACAAACGCCCUGCUCCUCCUGCUCCGUACUCCUACAGCGCUCCUCAGGUUUCUCGUGAAUAUUCCGACGAAUCCACCGAAGCCAAGUACGACUUCGACUGGGCCGUUAAGGAUCAAUACUCAGGCAACGACUUCGGCCACCAGGAGUCCCGUGACGGCGACCACACUCAGGGAUCUUACUACGUCCAGCUGCCCGAUGGUCGCCUCCAGACUGUGACUUACUAUGUGGACGGAGACUCAGGCUACGUAGCUGACGUCCAGUACCAGGGAGAGGCUCGUUACCCAGACUCAGUUGAGUCCAGGGAAUACUCAGCUCCAAGGCCAUCUUACUCAGCCCCUAGGCCCACUUAUUCAGCUCCUAGGCCCACUUAUUCAGCUCCUAGGCCUACUUAUUCAGCCCCCGAUUCAGAGGAAUCCAACGAGAGCGGUCGCCCUGUAUAUGGCUAAACGCAUUCCAGUAUAAUUUUAAUUUGGUAUCUAAAAUAUUUAUGACUAAGGAAAGUCCCAAAGAUUAUGCGCAUUAAAACAAGAAAAACUACAUAAAAAUAGCAUGUAAAUAGCAUGUGUAUACAAUAAAUUAUUUUACUGAACCCUA